GAGCAGCCCGCCCGCCAGCCCCUUGGCUGUGGGUGAAGUGGAAGACGCGCCGCGGCCGCAAGAGUGCCUCCUGUUCCCCCGCGGCCAGCUUUUUUCUUCGUCUUCUUGGGCAUCGAGCUCCGGCUGCUCUCCGUAGCCGCGCUGACUUCUCCGCUUUACCAGCCCCGGGAUCUCCUGUGCGCCUCUUCCAGCAUCUCCUCCUUCCCUCCCUCCCUCCCUCCGGCACCAUCGGAGUGCCAAACAGCAAAGAGCGGCAGAUUCUGGACAGGCGAGGGUUCUUUUGCAAGCUAGAAGUUCUUGGUCCGGGGGAGAAUCAGGGCCCACCAGGUGCCGUGGUUGCCUUCUCACUGCUAGUGGAACUGCCAUGUCGGUGACUGUGAACCUUAUUGGCCUGGCUCCCUGGGGCUUCCGCAUAACAGGGGGCAGGGACUUCAGGAAGCCCAUCAUAGUAUCUAAGGUGACUGAGCAUGGCAAAGCAGCCCAAGGUGACCUUCGACCUGGUGAUGUCAUAAUCUCCAUCAAUGGAGAGAGCACUGCUGAGAUGCUCAACGUGGAGGCACAGAACAAGAUUAAGCAGAGCUCUGGGCAUCUGCAGCUGCUGGUGGACAGGUCUCAACAAUUUUCUCCCAGUCAGACGAAUGGUGAAAGUUCCCCAGAGAUGUUAUCCAUACGGUUUCAGGAUGUUGUAAGAACCAGAGAUGAUGGUCAGAGCUCGCUGAGAUCUUCGUAUUCCAGCCCAGCCUCCAUCAGUCCACGGCCCAGCAGUCCCUAUUCUCCUUCAUCUCCUGGAUACCGACCUGGUAGCCCAUACAGUCUCCAGAGGCCCAACCUACCCAAUGAGGGCAGAGGGGAACAUGUGGUGAACAGCCGUAGCUUCCAGUCUCUGGAGAAUUCAUUGGGAAUUUCUGACGAACACUCUUCACCUUAUGGGCAGCAGCGUUCACACAUCAAGAGGGAACAAAGAAGUAUCAGCUACUCUAGCAGAUCUCCAGUUGCAGUUCUGCCUCCAUUAAAUGGUUCUCCAUCCCCUGGAGCAUAUUCAUUCUCCAGCCCAUGGGAGAUCAGGAAAGACCAGAACAGGAGCCCCUCUUCCUACCAGCGCCGUUACAGUCUGGAUACAGAGCCAGCCAUGCAUCGUUUGGAAGGGGACUCUGAGGUCUACAAGAUGAUGCAAGAAAACCGCGAAACUAGGGCCCAACCUCGACAAUCCAGCACUUUCCGCUUGCUCCAGGUGGCUCUGGAGUUGGAUGAAAAAGAGGGCUCUGUGACUCACUUUCCUAGCCAGCUGUCUCCUAGCACACACAAGCCAGUCAGCAGUUUCGUGGCAGGCGGCACCCAGAAGCUGCACAUGUGUGAAAAAUGUGGCAGCAGCAUCAUAACCCAGGCAGUGAGAAUCCAAGAGAACCGCUACCGCCACCCCUCCUGCUAUAUCUGCACCGACUGUGGUCUCAACCUGAAGAUGCGCGGCCACUUCUGGGUUGGCGAAGAGAUGUACUGUGAGAAGCAUGCCCGCCAGCGUUACCAGGGGGCAGCAGGGAGCAGCCCUGCCCCAGCAGUUUAUUCCCAGUCCUAAACAGUGUCAUCUGAGCACAUGGGGCUGAGCAAGAAUGAAGCUGGCAUUGCCACCACCCUGGUGGCUUCCUCCCAAUAUCUAAUCUGUGUGACUCCCAGAGGCUUCCCUGGGUCUAUUUCAAUUGGCUACUGGGCCUUUCUUUUCCUGCACCAUAUCAGCCAAGCAGGAUUCAGACAGUUUCUACUUAAACAGGAAGAGGAAGCUUCCAGUGAAAAGCAAAACUAUACAGUGAAAGAAGGGCUCAGGAAUCGUGGGAACAGGGAAUGGACCUCCUCAAGGGAAAUGGCAUUUUCAAUUAUCUUGGCAACUUUUUAGCCUAUUUCUUAGAAGGCAAAUGUUUUCAAAGCACAAGCUUAGUCAGAUUUGGCACUAAGCGGCUUCAGAGGGGAUGAUUUGUGGGGAUAGCCUAAAGUUUCCAGUCUGCCAAGCUGUGCCUGCACAGGGUCUAUAUGGGGCACACCAUGGAAUGUGAUGGUGUUACCCAUGCUAUCCCUGUUCUAUGGGCAGGGGAAGCCAAACCCAGUUGGCUCUUGCUAUUUCCAGGGUAACUAAAGCCAUGUUGUCCCCUUCUGUGUCGAUAGCGCCUCUUUCUCGCUACUGCUGCCAACAUCUGCUUUGUCAGUGUAGAAAUGGAAGAGGAAAGGAAGAUUCGCUAAAGCACUAGGUACUGGAAUGGCAUGGAUGCAGCUUUGAAUAUUGACUCUCUGCAAAGCUUCUAUAAAAUAUUAAGCCACAUCUCUAUGAGAAAUAUAAUAUAUAUGUAUGUCUGUAUAAAA